AUGGAAAACAUGCCUGACAAUGCGGCCGUUGAUACCCCCGGCUCAGAGACCCCAGUUUCGGAGUCCGGGGAUGAUCGCGACAGGCAAAUCACCACUCUUGCACGUUCUCUCUCGCAACUUUCACGGCAAAGCAGCGUCAACACUACUCAACCCACAGAGGGGGUCAACACCUUCCUCGACACCACUGACCCAGAGCUAGAUCCCAAUAGUGACCAGUUUAAAUCACGCAAAUGGGUGAAGAACAUUGUCCAGAUGACCUCUCGCGACCCAGACCGGUACCCGCGUCGCACAACUGGUGCCUCCUUCCGCAACCUCAAUGUUUUCGGAUACGGCACCGCGGCUGACUAUCAGAUGGACUUUGCCAACUUCUGGCUCAAAGGCGCAGGGUGGUUCCGCAGUCUCUUUAACUUGCAGAACAAAGUCCGCAUUGACAUCCUGCGGGACUUCGAAGGCAUUGUUCACAGUGGUGAGAUGCUAGUUGUACUAGGUCGCCCAGGAAGCGGAUGCUCUACCUUCCUCAAAACCAUUGCCGGAGAGACGCAUGGUCUCUACCUCGACAAGGAGAAAGGGUCCGAGGUGCAGUAUGAUGGCAUAUCCUGGGACGACAUGCACAGCCGCUUCCGCGGCGAGGUCAUCUACCAAGCCGAAACCGAAACCCACUUCCCCCAACUGACUGUCGGUGAUACACUGCUGUUUGCCGCUUACGCUCGAGCGCCGAGUAACCGACUUCCCGGUGUUACACGCGACCAGUAUGCAGUGCAUAUGCGAGACGUGGUAAUGGCAAUGCUUGGCUUAACCCACACUAUGAACACCAAGGUUGGCAAUGAGUUCAUUCGAGGUGUAUCCGGUGGGGAAAGGAAGCGGGUCAGUAUCGCCGAAACCACUCUGUGUCGAUGUCCGUUGCAGUGUUGGGACAACAGCACUCGCGGACUUGACAGCUCAACGGCACUGGAAUUUGCAAAGAACAUCCGCCUGUCCACGGACUAUAGUGGAUCUACCGCUAUAGUCGCAAUUUAUCAAGCGAGUCAGUCCAUCUACGACCUGUUUGACAAAGCAAUUGUUCUCUACGAAGGCCGUCAGAUCUAUUUCGGCAGUGCGCCCAAUGCACGACUCUUCUUCAUCAAGAUGGGAUUCCACUGCCCAGAGAGACAAACCACCGCCGACUUCCUUACUUCUCUCACCAGCCCUUCAGAACGUCUCGUUCGCCCCGGAUUUGAAGACUCCGUUCCGCGCACACCCGAUGAGUUCGCAGCACGCUGGAAGGAAAGCCCAGAGCGUAAGCAGCUUCUCGCUGAGAUUGCAGCAAACACAGCCGGAAAUACUACCGGAGAAACAAAGCUUGAGGAAUUCGGUCGCUCUCGCGCAGCAGACAAACCCUGGUUUACUCGUUCAGUCUCCCCAUACACACUCUCGUUCCCGAUGCAAAUCCGCCUGUGCCUUUGGCGAGGGUGGUUGCGGCUCAAAGCAGACUGGGCUAUGACCAUUGCCACACUCUUCGGAAAUGUUGGCAUGUCUCUGAUCAUUUCCAGUCUCUUCUACGAUACACCGGACAACACCGACAGCUUCUACAAGCGUGGAUGCCUACUUUUCUUUGCCAUCAUGAUCAGUGGUUUCUCUAGCUCACUGGAAAUCAUGAUCAUGUGGCAGCAGCGGCCGAUCGUGGAAAAGCAUCGCAAGUACGCACUAUACCACCCCUCGGCGGAAGCCAUUAGCGCGUACAUUGUGGAACUUCCAUCAAAGAUCUUGCUGGCAGUUGUAUUCAAUUUGAUCAUCUAUUUUCUACCUCAUCUUCGGCGCACUCCGGCCCAUUUCUUCAUCUUUUUCCUCUUUUCGGCAACAACGACCCUCGUGAUGUCCAAUAUCUUCCGGUUUAUCGGCGCAAUCUCGCGGUCUGUGGCUCAGGCCAUGCCUCCUGCUUCGGUCUUCAUGCUUAUCCUAGUCAUUUACACCGGGUUUACCAUUCCUGUCCGAGACAUGCACCCUUGGUUCCGGUGGCUCAAUUACGUGAACCCGAUUGCUUACGCCUUUGAGGCGCUGAUGAUCAAUGAGUUUGGCGGACGGUCUUUCUCUUGCUCGAACUUUGUCCCGGGUGGCCUGGAUAUUUACAAAGAUGCCCCUCUGAGCUCUAAAAUCUGCUCACAAAAGGGUGCUGUGGCAGGCCAAGAUUUCAUUGAUGGAGAGACAUACAUCAACACAACCUACCAAUACUACAGCCCACAUCUGUGGCGAAACUUCGGGAUUCUCUGCGCUUUCUUCGUCGCAUUCUUUGGGCUGUACGUCUUCUGCAGCGAGCUCAUCCGAGCUGAACCAUCCAAAGGUGAGGUUUUGGUGUUCCCACGCGGCAAGAUGCCCGCUUUUGCCAAGAAUGUUCGAACAGACGAUCCCGAGGAGAUCAUUGCAUCAGAGAAAGGUGCAGUUGCCAGUGAGCCUCAGGACACAACUGCAGCAAUUGUUCGCCAAACUUCCAUCUUCCACUGGGAGAAUGUGUCUUAUGAAAUCAAGAUCAAGGGGACUCAGCGACGUAUCCUGGACAGCGUGGAUGGUUGGGUCAAACCCGGCACUUUGACGGCCUUGAUGGGUGUCACUGGUGCAGGAAAGACAUCCUUGCUCGAUGUAUUGGCUGAUCGUGUCACUAUUGGCAUCGUCUCCGGUCAGAUGCUUAUUGAUGGCCGGCUACGCGACGAUUCUUUCCAGCGGAAGACGGGUUACGUGCAGCAACAGGAUCUGCAUCUGGAGACUAGUACUGUUCGUGAAGCCCUAGUUUUCAGCGCUCUUCUACGCCAGCCUGCCACCAUUCCUCGCCAGGAAAAGAUUGCAUACGUUGAAGAGGUCAUUCAAAUGCUCGGUAUGGAAGAAUACGCAGAUGCCGUGGUCGGCGUUGCUGGUGAGGGCCUCAAUGUGGAGCAGCGUAAGCGGUUGACAAUCGGCGUGGAACUUGCAGCCAAGCCAGAUUUGCUGCUAUUCUUUGACGAACCCACUUCGGGUCUGGAUAGUCAAACCGCUUGGUCAAUCUGUACCCUGAUGCGCAACUUGGCCGACCACGGUCAGGCUGUACUGUGUACCAUUCACCAACCUUCCGCAAUGCUGAUGCAGCAGUUCGACCGCCUAUUGUUUCUUGCUAAAGGAGGACGCACAGUGUAUUUCGGCGACCUUGGUCCGAACAUGGAAACAUUGAUCAAAUACUUCGAAGACAAAGGAUCGCCCAAGUGUCCACCAAACGCAAACCCGGCCGAAUGGAUGCUCGAGGUCAUCGGAGCUGCGCUAGGCUCUCAUGCGAACAAAGAUUGGGCUCAGCAAUGGACCAACAGCCCCGAGCGUGCAGAGGUUCGCAGACAAUUGGCUGAAAUGAAGGGAGAGUUGUCCAAUAACCCUGCACCACUGCGGGCUGCAGGGUUCGGUGAAUUUGCUAUGCCAAUCUGGUAUCAGUUCCUCGUUUGUACUCAACGCACAUUCCAACAGUACUGGAGAUCUCCGUCGUAUCUGUACGCCAAAGUUCUCACCUGCACUAUUCCCCCACUGUUCCUCGGAUUUACGUUCUGGCACAUGCCCACCAGUCUUCAGGGGCUGCAGAAUCAAAUGUUCGCAAUCUUCAUGCUUCUCGUCAUCUUCCCCGGUCUGGUCCAGCAGAUGAUGCCAUCCUUCGUCACACAGCGUGCUUUGUAUGAGGUGCGCGAACGGCCUUCGAAGGCCUACUCGUGGAAGGCAUUCAUGAUGGCCAGUAUCCUCGUGGAGCUGGUAUGGAACAUUUUAAUGUCGGUGCCAAUCUUUUUCUGCUGGUACUACCCAAUCGGGUUUUAUCGCAAUGCAGAGCCUACAAACGCCGUCAUCGAACGAAGCGGCAUCAUGUACCUGCUCGUUUUACAGUUCAUGAUGUUUACUUCGACUUUCAGCUCGAUGAUGAUUGCAGGAAUUGAAGAGCCCGAUACUGGCAGCAAUAUUGCUCAGUUCAUGUUCUCCCUUUGCUUGGUCUUUAACGGCGUACUGGCAAAUUCCUCCGACAUGCCUCAUUUCUGGAUCUUCAUGAACCGGGUAUCGCCAUUUACCUACUUUGUGUCAUCCGUGCUCUCGACGGGCCUGACUGGGACUUCGGUGGAAUGUUCUGAUAUCGAGUGGCUCACUAUUUCGCCUCCAGAUGGACAGAGUUGCGGCAGUUAUCUGGAACCUUACAUCAAGGCUGUAAACGGGGCAUUGCUCAAUCCUGAGGCGUCAGUGGAUUGCAAGAUCUGCCCAAUGUCGAAAACAGACCAGUUCCUCAAAGGUCUCAAUAUGUCGUACUCGGAUGUUAGGCGCAACAUCGGGCUGCUGUUUGCCUACGUGGCGUUCAACAUUGUCGGUGCGCUCUUCCUGUACUGGCUCUGCCGCGUCCCUAAGCAUUGGCGGCGCAAGCUCGGCAAGACCUAA